AUGGAAGCUCUCCUCGCUCACUCCUUCGACUAUCUCUCCUCCUACGACCAGGGCAAGAUCCGCAAGGGUCUCCGACAGGUCGAGGGACUUCUGGCACAGAUAUGCCUCUCGAGAUCAAAGCUGACGGCUGCCGAGAAGAGACGGUCCAUGAUACCCCUGGAUUCAGCUCCGUCGCCGCCAAAGUCAACAAGCGAGCUGAGUGACGAUCCAGCCUACCGAGAGUUCUACAAGCUUCAAGAUGGCUUUCAAUGGAAUGUUGCUCUGCGCCUAAUAUCAUGCCUCGAACACCUGCUUGGUCGCGGAAGCAAUGGCACAAAUGACCUCCUCAUCGUGUCUGCGCUCGACCUUAUCCAGGGAAUCUUGCUCCUCCACCCACCUUCCCGUGCUCUGUUCGCCCGAGAGAUAUAUAUGAACAUUUUGCUAGACCUCCUUGAGCCAGCGAACUGUCCUGCCAUCCAGUCUGCCACUCUGCUGACUCUGGUUACGGCCCUGCUCGACACGCCUACCAACACCCGCACAUUCGAGGAGCUUGACGGCCUUCUCACGAUAACAUCCCUAUUCAAGUUGCGAUCUACGUCUCGAGAAGUGAAGCUGAAACUUGUUGAGUUCCUAUACUUCUAUCUCAUGCCUGAAACACCACAGCUACCAGUUGUGAAUGCCAGCGCGCCUAACACAGCUGCUGGCCUACAGCGCAGCCCAAGCAAACAUGGCGGCCCAACGUCACGCAGUGUGGAUGCUCCUGGGCGCAGGCGCUCUGCAGCUAGUGCAGACACAAAAACGACCGAAGAGAAACAGAAUCUUCUUGGCAGGUAUCUGAGUAACGUCGAAGACCUGGUAGAGGACCUCAAGGAGACAGCGCCAUUUGGCAGUGCUGUCUUUUAA